AUGGCGUAUGGGCCUUUUGGCCUGCACUUUGGCCUGACAGCCCUCAUAGCAACGGUCUGUCUAUGCUUUCUGGAUGGUCGUACUUUCAACGCCAACUCCUGCCGACCUCAAUAUGUGGAAGCCGACGGCUCUUUUUCCCAUCCGAAAUCGUAUGCCCCCCUCCAAUCUGAUGUUACGACGGCUGUCUCAUUGGCAGCCACAGUGACACGCGUUGCUGCUGGAUGGUGGGCGACAGACCUCAUUUGGCGUAGCAUUUUUGUGUCCAUGGAGCGAGACGGUAUUUCCGCAAAAGCCUUAUCGCAAGUGGUUUCGAAUAGACCACCUGCACCUCGCCACUUUAUUCAAAAAAGUAACGCGGUCAUCAUAUACAUAAUUCUUUUCGCUACAUUCGCCAUCGAUUAUUUCUCCGCGGCUUUAACUGGUUCAUUGGUUUGGGAGCCUGCGAGCACGCUUAUUCCUGGAAGGGUAGCACUCACUGGGAUCACGAGAGGGGUCAGUGGCAUUGAUAUUACAGGAUACUUCAACCAUAAGCCCAACCGAACUUUGGUUGUGGAAGUGGGUUCCGCUUCUGCAAUUGUCGCAUGGGGGAUUCACCCGCCGGACUUCUUCAAUGGGGCAGAACCUUCAACAGUUUUCCGGCGUGUUAUCAAAGGAGCGCAAUACAUCUCUGUCAAUUCCACCCUCAAUACCACAAUGCCUUAUUUCGCCCUCGACGCUUUCGAAUGGGUAUUGGAUCCCGACCAAGUCAUCAGCAAAACCUGGAAUUAUGGAGCAGAUCUGCAGCCCUCAGUAGCAAACCCUGGGAUAUCCUAA